UUUGCGCCACUGCUUAACACAGAAACGAAUUUUAUUUAAAAGCUUUAAACCAACGCAAUGAAUUUUCCACCGCUCUCGCUCUCACGCGAACUGUUUUCUAAGCUUGGAACUCACCGAGUCAUUGCAAAGACUACCGAAUCGACUCGGAAUAUCUGCAAAUCAACGCUAUAUUUGUUCCUCGCACUUGCCACUCCCUUCAUUGCGUAUCACGGCUAUCAAUCCUAUACAAUGUUUUGGUCUUCAUCUUUAUCUUCGUCUCGCUCUCCCAUAACCGAUGCCGAAUCUCUCCGCCGUCAACGAAUCAGCUCCAGCGAGCUCUACAACCCCGAUGUUUCUUCCAAGGUUCCGGUUAUCUACUCUUCUUACUACGAUAUCAGCUUCCUCGGAAUUGAGAAACUGCAUCCCUUCGAUUCUUCAAAAUGGGGUCGGAUAUGUAAGUUCUUGAUUUCAGAAGGUCAUCUGGAAAAAAGCUCUAUUGUUGAGCCAUUGGAAGCUUCAACUGAGGAUCUACUUGUGGUGCAUACAGAAGCAUACCUGAAUAGCCUGAAGAACAGUGUGAAUGUUGCCAGGAUAACCGAGGUUCCUCCUGUAGCGAUAUUGCCCAAUUGGCUUGUUCAGAUGAAAGUUCUUUAUCCGUUCCGAAGGCAGGUGGGAGGAACUGUAUUGGCGGCUAAGUUGGCAAAGGAGCGAGGAUGGGCUAUCAAUAUUGGAGGAGGGUUUCAUCACUGUAGUGGUGGAAGGGGAGGUGGAUUUUGUGCUUAUGCAGACAUUUCCCUUUGCAUUCAUUUUGCUUUUGUUCGGUCAAAUAUAUCAAGGGUAAUGAUAAUUGAUUUAGAUGCACAUCAAGGAAAUGGUCAUGAAAGGGAUUUUGGUAAUGACGAGCGUGUUUACAUCUUGGAUAUGUACAACCCUCAAAUAUACCCAUUUGAUAUGACUGCUAGAAAUUAUAUUGAUCAGAAGGUUGAAGUGGUGACUGGGACUACAACUGACGAGUACUUGAAGCAAUUGGAUAAAGCACUUGAGGUAGCCUGGAGUAAUUUUGCCCCUGAGUUGAUUAUAUACAAUGCUGGCACUGAUAUCCUUGAUGGAGAUCCACUGGGUGGAUUAAAGGUCAGUCCAGAUGGGGUGGUCCAAAGAGAUGAGAAGGUCUUCAGGUUCUUUCGUGAGAGAAACAUCCCUAUUGUCAUGGUCACGUCAGGUGGCUAUAUGAAAACUAGUGCCCGAGUCAUAGCAAAUUCCAUAAUAAACCUCUCAAAUAAAGGCUUGAUAGAUACAAAAGUCCACAACGGAAGAAGAUAAAUUACAUUUGGCUUAUUUUCAGUCAAUAAACGGUUCACUACAAAGGUCAGUUCCUCCGAAGAGUUACUUGUGCAUUUGUAACCGGAAGUGAUCCUUACGAUGUAAUCGAGGAAAUAGGAGGAAUUAGGAGAUAGAAGUGUGACUUUUAUGUAGGAAUGAAUAAUACUCGCAGGAGCAUGCGUGUGUCUCGUGUCGUUCUUCAAGUAGUCUACCUCGCAGUUGUGUAUAUAGCUAAAUAUAGUAGAAGGUUUCAAUGUUUGCACUUUAUGGUUUUGCAUGACUAGCGAGAUAUUCAUAUAUUAUUAU